GGAUUCUUUGCAGUAAACGGUGUCACUAGUGUCUUCGUCAACGUGAUUGGUGAAAGGAUAAAUAACGUUUCGUCUCUAAAACGCCAAACACUCGGAACCGGGAGAUACCGUAAAAAGAACUGCGUGCACACCAGUGGCUGCUAGAUUGCGAUAAAAACAGUGAGCGAGCGAGCGGGAGCGAGAGCGAGAGAAAGAAAAAGCCUGCAUCAGGUGCAACGAGCUAGCCGUGUUUGGUGCCUGCACGCAGUGUCGCCCGUUUGUAGUGUGCAAGCAGAAUCGGUGUCACCGCGAGUGUGUCCCCGUAAAGAGUGUGGUGCAAUAGCUUGGUGUGCCGGUGCAUUAAAUGAGCAUCCGCGCUGUAUGUUCUGCUGUGCGCGCAAGAUCAAGUCGUCCUCGGUGUGUGAAGAAGACCCCAAGUGUAACCCAUGACAGUGAAGCCGACCGUGGUCGGGGUGGGUGCCGCGAUGACCGGCGGCAUUCGACCGGCAGGCCACAUUCCGCAUUCCUCCCGCCGUCCCUCGGUGGUUUCUGAUGAACGGGAACGUGAGCAGCGCCGCCGGUCGAUCGUUAUUCUUUCGCUGUUGGCCACGUGCGCGUUUCUGUUCGUUCUCUGCCUCUGCCUGCUGCUCGCCCUGGUCACCGUUGGGCGCCGUUUUUCCUCGCACAAUCUGACAGACGUCAGCUCGGAUUUGACAGCUGACAGUGCGGUGUUGUUGUUGGAUGAUAAUCGGUUGGACGAAAAUCGCAGCACAAUUUUCCUUCCAAAUUCCGUGUUUAAUUCGCGCGAACACACUCCCGUGGCCGGUUCUAUGAAUCGAGUGUUUAAGAUGGGUGAGCAGAUUGUGCGAACGCUGGGUUUCCGCUUGCCGCGACACGUUAAACCGGUGCAUUACGAGCUGCGGCUGCAGACCGAUCUUACGAGCGAAACGUUCAGCGGCACGGUCGGUAUCGAGCUCAACGUGAGUGAGGUCACGAACUACAUCGUACUGCACAGCAAACGGUUGACCAUUACCGACACCGAGCUGCGUGCCCUGCUGCUGACCAACGAUGCCCGGGCCCCGGCGGAUGGACAGGAGAUCGGCAUCCGGCGGGCCUACGAAGUUCCGGAGCACGAGUAUUGGGUGAUCGAAACGCAGGACGAUAUCGCUGCCGGUGAUUACCGGCUUAGCUUGCAGUUUAACGGUAGCCUGGCGGAUCGUAUCAUCGGGUUCUACAGCAGCCAGUACCGUGAUAAGGUGACAAACAAGACGAGAAAAAUUGCAACCUCAAAGUUCGAGCCCACGUUCGCCCGGCAGGCAUUCCCGUGCUUCGAUGAGCCUCAUCUGAAGGCGGAAUAUACGGUCCAUCUGGUGCAUCCGAUCGGCGAUGGCUACGAGGCGCUAUCCAACAUGAACGUGAGCGAAAUCGCGGAAAAUACACCGUCACCCGGUCUGGCCACGACCACCUUCGAACGGAGUGUCAGCAUGAGCACCUACCUCGUAGUCUUCAUUGUCAGCGACUUUAUGUAUAGGGAGCGUCUGGUUAAACCAAAGUACGGAGAUCCGUUCCCGUUGCGAGUUUAUGCGACACCCUUGCAACAGAAUAACACGCUGUAUGCGCUGGACACGGCAGCCGUCAUCAUCGAGCAUUAUGUAGAUUACUUUGGCAUCCCGUAUCCACUCCCGAAGCUGGACAUGGCGGCGAUUCCGGACUUUGUGUCCGGUGCCAUGGAAACCUGGGGCCUGGUAACGUACCGCGAAACAUCGAUCCUGUACAACAGCGAAACCAGCAGUACGGCCAAUAAGCAGCGUGUUGCUGGUGUGAUUGCGCACGAGCUGGCCCACAUGUGGUUCGGCAAUUUGGUCACGAUGAAGUGGUGGAAUGAGCUGUGGCUCAACGAGGGCUUCGCUAGCUACAUCGAGUACAAGGGCAUUGAGAAAGCGGAACCGGAUUGGGGCAUCAAGGAGCAGUUCAUCAUAGACGAUUUGCACGGUGUGCUGACGUUGGACGCCACGCUCGGUUCGCAUCCGAUCGUUGUGUCGGUCGAAAACCCGAACCAGAUAACGGAGAUCUUUGAUACCAUCACCUAUUCGAAGGGUGCCUCAGUGAUACGCAUGCUGGAGGAUUUCGUGACACCACCCAUCUUCCAACAGGGCGUAACGCAGUACCUCGAGAAGCACAAGUUCGCUAGUGGUGUCUCGGAAGAUCUGAUGACCGAGCUGGACGAGCUGGUAACGGAGGUUAGCGUGUCGGAUGUGAUGGACACGUUCACGAAGCAGAAAGGAUUCCCGGUGGUGACGGUCGAAGUCAACGAUGCCCAGUACAUCUUGCGUCAGAAACGUUUUCUUGCCGAUCAGGAAGCGGCCAGCCAGGAGACGGAAGUGUCACCGUUCGGGUAUCGCUGGUACAUCCCACUUACGUACAUCAGUUCGGACAACGGCAACGUCCGGAGGAUGUGGUUCCCACCGAAGGACGACAUUGUACUGCUUGAAAUCAAGGAUGCUGGUGGACCGAACGGCUG